AUGAAUACACCAUUAAUUUCUAGUUUUCUCCUUGCUCUCUUUCUCAUCUCAUCUUGCUACUCAGUCACUGCCCAGCCCUUCGACUACCCUACCGCAAAACUUUCCACUACAUGGACCAACAAAAAGUCCGCACCCCACUCCGUAACCUUCACAGACGGCUCAACGGUCCGAGCCAUCCUCCUUAGAGGAUCAUUCGGAUUUAAGUUUGCCUGUGGGUUCUACUGCAACGGGACCUGCGACACUUACCUCUUCGCAGUCUUCAUAGUCCAAACCAACAGCGGGUCGGGUAUUGUUGGACCGGCUAUCGCGUUCCCUCAAGUUGUUUGGUCAGCAAACCGAAACCAUCCUGUUAAACUCGGUGCAAAACUAAACCUUAACAAAGCCGGAGAUUUAGUGCUCCGUGAUGCCGAUGGUAGCCUUGUUUGGUCUACCAACACAGCUGGAAAACAAGUUACUGGCAUGCAAAUAACCGAUACUGGAAACCUAGUAUUGGUUGAUGCUCGUAAGAAGAUUGUUUGGCAAUCUUUUGAUCACCCGACAGACAGUUUGGUACCUGGGCAAAAACUGUUUGAAGGACAGAAGCUGGUUGCUAGUGUUUCUUCAACAAAUUGGAGGAAAGGUUUGUAUUCUGUUGAGGUUACUAAUAAGGGUUUGUUUGGUUAUCUUGAAACAAAACAACGUCGAGUUUAUUACAAGUAUGUGGUCAAUGGGCCUGAUAGAAGUAAACAAAGAAGUUAUGUUAGGUUCCUCAAUGGAAGUUUGGCUUUGUUCAUUCAUUCAGCCGAGCCGAGUCGUCCGGAUGGUGUGAUUCGGGUGCCGCUAGCAUCAUCGGCUCAGUAUAUGAAACUAAUGCCCGAUGGGCAUUUGAAAGUGUUGGAAUGGAGUUGGCAGUCUGGGUGGCGGGUGGUGGCUGAUUUGUUUGGAGUUCGUCGCCGGAGUAUGUAACGGAUAUUGUAUGGGAUGGUUUGGAGACUACUACUUCAAGACAUCAUUGUUGCUUUUGUGUGUAAUAAGACUAUCCGCAUCAGUGAAAGGCUAUCCUUUUUACAAACAGCCUAAUCAGCAUGCCAUAUCAGCUUUUCACUUAUUCUUCCCACAAACACUUUUUACCCACAACAAUAACAUAUAUAUCCUUCCCACAAACAACCUUAUAAAAAAAAGAAAGGACCCACCAUUAGCCCAUUCUUCACCAUUCUUCCCCAAGA